AUGCCCGCGAUCCUGGAAGACCCCUCAAGCCGCAAUCCCCCACCACAUGCGCACAUCGCAGCAGCGCCCACUUUGACAGUGCGGCACACUACUCUCUCAAAGGACAAAAAUGCCCCAAUGACCCUGUACCCUGUUACAGGAGGCGCGCAAUCCCUCCCGCAAGAUCUGGUCCGCUUCUUGCAACAGGAGUUCAGCGCGGAGAUUCUCCGUGGUGGCACUUAUCCCAUGGAAGAGCCUCUGCCACUGGAGCAAUUUGCAGAUUACUGGUUUGGAACUUUUGCCGUGCUUGCGAUCAUGGAUGACGUUAAUGGUGGGGAGGGGCUUGCAGAGGGGAGGGAUUGGGAGAGUGCUUGUCUGGGCACUUUUUAUAUUAAGCCUAAUUAUCCUGGACGUUGCUCUCAUAUCUGUAAUGCUGGCUUCAUUACUACCUCCGCGGCACGCGGCAAAGGUGUCGGCUAUGCCAUGGGAGAAGCCUAUCUAGAUUUUGCGCCCAGACUGGGCUAUACAUACUCCGUCUUCAACCUAGUCUUCGCAAACAACCCAGCUUCAAUCCGCAUCUGGGAGAGACUUGGCUUCAGCGUGAUUGGUCGCGUACCCAAAGCUGCACGACUUGAGAAUAGCAAGGAAUUAGUCGAUGCGUUGAUUUUUGGACGGGAGUUGCGGAACUAG